UAGUGCUCUGAUUUAUUCCGUGGCGCAGCUGCGCGGGGAGUGAAUCUAUCGAUUCUGAGAUUCCGUAAUUUGUUGUGCGCGAUUGUUUACGACUGUGCCGUUUUCCUCGGAUUUCUCGCGAAUUCUCGCCGGGCGUCCGUGAGACUUCCAUGGAAAUUCACGCGUCGUAUCGUGUCAUAUCGUGUUUGUGCGCGUGAAUGAGGGAUCGCGUCGGACACGGAUCGUGUGAAGUGUGUCAGUGAAGGGACAAAGGGUGUCACGUAAGUGUGCGCGUCGCGAGCCCUCGGAAGGACUCGUAAAAAAGUUAUACAAAAACUUUUCUUCGAGAGAAAAAAAUCAUUCUUACAAAUCGAGAGAAAAGUCAUGAGGGAGGGAGCCACAAAUUUUCGUAUAUUGUCUGUCACGAACUUUUUUCUAGAUAACUAAACACGAGCGCAAAAUAAAAAUUCCGAAGUAAAAAAAAAAAAAAAAAAAACCGCAAAUUCUCUUAACAGACUCUUUCUAUAGUUUCCGAGCAAAAGUUAAAACGUUCACGCUGUAAAAAAAAAGUAAAAAAAAAAUCGUCUCCGACCUAACUCAUCUCUGCUUUCAGAAAUGGAGUGAUUACGAGAGAUAAAUCACUAGGGAUGAGGCGAUUCGCAAAGUCGAAAAGAAAUUGAAAAGAAAAAAGUAUUCCUUCGUGAGACUCCUCACAGAGACUCUCCGUAGAGCAGCUCUCCACUUGCGGAGGGUUCAGCUCGCCUGUGUUAACGUUACUACAUAAUCUCCAGAACUGUUCGUAAAGCCUAGUUCACUUCGUAGAGCAGCCCAGUCUGAGCUUAGCUCGGUCAAGCCGUUGUCAUGUGUCCCCUUGGUCGAUUUGUGUUAGGUGUAAAAGAGCUGGAGAGAGAGCUCGAAAGUUCUCGGGACAGUGUGGACCAUCUGUUCGAUUCAGAAUCCCCGAACUAUCCUUGCUGUAUACUAUAUAGUCCCUUGCUACUGCGCUAUUGUCGUAAGAUGCGAACCUUGCCUGAUCCAUCAGCAGAGCCUCCGGGUUGACUAUGGACAGCAACACUGAUGGCGACAACCUGAAUCUCAGCUGCGGCGAGAACGACAACGGCGACGAGCUGAGGAUCGCAGCUGACGAGACCUACGACACACGGAGCGAAGUCUCCUCCAGCAGUUCCAACUCCAGCAAUUCAAGCCACCCCACCAUCAGCACAGUCUCCAGCAAGUCCUCGCGCGGUGGUGACAACAAACGUAGCAGGAGAAACAACAAACGCGGCAGAUCCAGCAGAGAUUCUAAGUCGUCCAGUCCUGAGCCCAAGCGAGCCAGGUCCAAGGAGAGCAAGGGAACCACCAAGAGCUACGACUAUGCCACCAAGUUGAAUUACUUGUUUAGAGAUGCAAGAUUUUUCAUCAUCAAGUCCAAUAAUGCGGAGAAUGUGACCCUGUCCAAGGCCAAGGGAGUGUGGAGUACGCUGCCACAGAAUGAAGCGAAUCUGAAUCAAGCCUACAGAGAAUCGCGAAACGUGUUGCUGGUAUUUUCCGUGAAGGAAUCGGGAAAGUUCGCUGGUUUUGCGAGACUUAAUACAGAAUCACGAAGAGACGCUGGACCAGUUUCUUGGGUUUUACCUCCUGGCUUAUCGGCAAAGGCUUUAGGUGGUGUAUUUAAAGUUGACUGGAUCUGCAGAAAGGAAUUACCGUUUACAGCUACAUUACAUUUGUACAAUCCUUGGAACGAUGGCAAGCAAGUCAAAAUCGGCCGAGAUGGUCAGGAAAUCGAGCCUAGAGUUGCCGAGGAAUUAUGCAGACUGUUUCCGGAAGACGAAGGAAUCGAGAUGACACCUAUUCUACGAAAGUCCAAGGAAGCGGGGAAACACAUCGUAAAGUCAUCGCGUUAUCGCGAUAAGAGACCCAUAAGCAGCUCCAGAUUUUUACGAAGAGGACGGGGACGUAGACUGUUCUUGACUUCAAGAUCGCGUUUAGCUUCUCUCGCCAGAGGAUCCGCGGGGGAUCACAGAGGUUCCAGAGAUCACUCUUACCGAUACACACCAUGGUUCAAUCGAGGAGAUUCACCUUACACAAAGGGUUAUGGAGCUGGUCUAGGUGUUGCUGCAGUUGCGGAGGCUUAUGUGGCAGAUUACAUGCGUACUAUGCAACAUCAACUUCCACCAUUGCCACCUUAUGGCCCGCAUCCAUACGAUACCCUACCACCACCUCCUCCACCGCCAAGAUAUUACGAUGGCCUGCCACUGCCUCCGGACUACAGCGCGACAGCGUCAGCACUGGAGAAACGCAGUUAUGAAAGGAGCGUCGACGAGUUUUUAUGGAGAACGGCCAGUCGUCAUAGUCGGCACAGCGAUCAUCGUUCUUCUCGUGAUCAUCACAGAUAUAGAGAUCGCAGAUAAGAAUUCACUCUAAUAUUUUCCUGUCGGUCCGUCGAUUCCCAAAUCUUGUACUAUUACUAAUAAUUAAUCGAUAAAUUGGACAAUGACAUAUCGUUUACUAUGUUUGUUUAAAAAAUAAGAAAAUUAGAUUUUUUGUAUUUA